AUGGAGUCAGGACCAACCCAAUCUACAGAGCCUACAGGCACACUCAAGACUUGUCCUCAUGACGAUUUCCUGAUGAGAACAGAAAAAGAAAGAUCUGGAGAGAUCUAUCGCAUAAAGGAGAAGAGAGGACGCACUCGCUUGGCCCUCAUCAUCUGUAACACAGAGUUUACAAGUUUAAAAAAGCGCAAUGGGGCUAACCAUGACAUCAAACAGAUGACAGAACUGCUUGAGGGCCUGGACUACAGAGUGGAAGUGAAAGAGAACCUCACAGCCAAGGAAAUGAAGUCAAAAUUAGUGCAGUUUGCUGCCCACGAUGACCACAAGUCCUCUGACAGCACAUUUUUAGUGUUCAUGUCUCAUGGCCUCCUGGAUAAAAUCUGUGGGAUUGAACACAGUGAUGACAAGCCUGAUGUAUUGCUUUACAACACUAUAUUUGAACUUUUCAACACUCUCCAUUGCCCCUCUUUGAGAGACAAGCCUAAGGUCAUCAUCAUCCAGGCCUGCAGAGGUGAAUAUUACAGAGAAGCAUGGGUCAAUGACUCACCAGUAUCUUCAUCAGACAGCUCUUCAAAGUCACCAGAGAACUUAGAGGAUGAUGGUGUCCACAAGACUCAUGUGGAGAAGGAUUUUGUUGCCUUCUGCUCUUCAACACCACAUAAUGUUGCCUGGAGAAAUGAAAAUGGUUCUAUUUUCAUUACACAACUUAUAAAUUGUUUCAAAAAAUAUUCUUGUUGUUGUGACCUGAUAGAAAUAUUUAGAAAGGUUCAACAGUGUUUUCAAGAACCAGGUGUUAAAGUUCAGAUGCCCACCAUUGAAAGAUUAUCAAUGCCUAAAAAGUUUUACCUCUUUCCAGGCCAUUAA